AAAAACAACAACAACGUGGCAAAAACAUUGCUCUAUUAUUAAAACAACACAACUAUAUCUCCUCUUCACUUUCAUCCAUUUCCAUGUCCAUUCCUUUUACUAUAUACUACUUCAUUUGCUUCAAUGGAAAACAAGAACAACAAUCUCCUCCUCCAACCACUUCUACCUCAUUUCAACCCUUCCUCUCAUGAAAUCAACCAACACAACAGUAACAACACAAACAACAUCAUUCACAGAAUCCUCUUUUUUCUCUUUGUAGCAUUUAUCUCAAUAUGGGCAAACUAUGAAGCAUCAAAGACAUUUGAUAUAUACAUAAUAAACGACACCAAAGACUCUCUUGCCGGACGUCGUUUCACUCUUUUCUACAUCUCAAACGACAAAGCCGCACGUAUAGUUUUCAACACAAGCUCCUUCGUAGAACAAAUUCUUUACCCUAAUAGCAACAAUGAUAUUGUCAAGAAUAAAAAGAAUAUCAAGAGUGUCACUCUUCGCCUUGUUCAUCACAAUCUCAAUACAAACACCAUAAUCACCGCUGCCGCUGCCGCCGGAGAAAAUAAUAAUAAAAACUAUGUAAUUGAGAUUAGUUCUAUGUUACUUGAAGAUGAAAAUUUCAACAAAAUGGUGAUAGUGGGUGAAAUUCAACGUGCCAUGGCUAGAGUUUGGCUAUGGGAUGGAAGAUCUAAGGCACCGCCUAGGCUUCUCGAUGGUAUGGCGGAGUAUGUUGCGGAGUUAGCCGGAUUCCGUCGUGAGAGGCUCUCAGGUGGAGGUGAUAAGUUGCCGGAAUGUGAACUUGGCGGUGGUUUAUGGUGGGAGGAUAAGGACCCUACGCAUGUUGCACGUUUGUUGAAUUGUUGUGAAAAUUAUGAGAAGGGAUUUAUCCAACGGUUGAAUGAAGCUUUGAGAGACACGUGGCAUGAUCAUGUGGUGGAUGAUUUGUUGGGAUUGAAAGGCACCAAGCUACGUGGAUUUUAUAAUGCUUCUUAUCUGUAGCAAGUUGAAUAUAUUUUUUCAAAUAGUUUAUUCUUUAAUUAUUUUCUUUAAAAUUGUUAUUGAAAACGAUAGAUUUAAUUAUUUGAAAUGAAUAUUGUGGGUUAGUUAGUUGAGUUGGCAAACACGUUAUUAAUUGAGUUGGGGUCACCUAUGUUUGAUGCAAUAUAAUCACAUGGAAUUAACAUGACGCAUGUGCAAUUAUGUGA